AUUAAGAUACUCAGGCUUUAGAAAUCAUUGAAACAGUUUAUGGCAUCCAAAACAACCAUCAUAAAAAUAUAUUUAAAUAUAUUGAAUGAUGAAAUAAUAACUGAAUCGAGAUAGAGAAAAUAGUUAAUCACUUUUCUACCAAGAAAUAUGGCCACAGUAGUACCAUCGCAAGAAUUUUCCUUGAAAUGGAAUAACUUUUCCAACGACUUGACUUACGGCUUUCUUGCUCAUUUGAGUGAGAACAAUUUGGUUGAUGUAACAAUUGCAGUCGAGGGACAAUUGUUAGUUGCUCAUAAACUAGUUCUCUCUGUGUGCAGUCCUUACUUUAAAAAUAUAUUCAAGGAAAAUCCUUGUCAGCAUCCAGUGAUAAUAUUAAAAGAUGUAAAACCCGAAGAGAUAAUGUCUCUGCUGAACUUUAUGUAUCAAGGAGAGGUGAAUGUAAAACAAGAAGACUUGUCUACCUUUUUAAAGGUAGCAAAGAUGCUGCAGAUAAAAGGAUUAGAGGAUUGCGAAAGACAAAUCAUACCAUUGUUAAAUGAUUAUAUCAAUGUACCAGAGCCACAAAAUUUGAAGGAUAUAACUGCUCUGUCUGAAGUUCCAAAUGACCAACAAAGCAAGAACAAAACUUCAGAUGGGUCUAUGCGCUCUCACAAAAUAAUCAAGAAGAAUGUUAAAACGAAAAAGAAUCGUAUGGUUGAGGAUGAUUACAACUCGAUCAAGAAAUUAAAAAGUGAAUCACAUGUUAACAGCAAAAACGAUAAUUGUCUCUUAUCAGAUAAUAAUGUCAAAAAUGUGAAUAAUUCUAAUAAUAAAAAAGAUCUCGCAUAUAACAAGACCAGUGAGACUAUUGAUAAUAGUGACGAAAUAAUUGAGUUGCCUGAUGAGCAAAAUUUGGAAGGAAACUUAUUACCACAAUCAGCUGUGGAACCAGUAAUCUAUAGACUGUCUGUAAGAGGUAAACCACAAUUGGUCCACGAAGGAUAUGUGUACAACAUGACUGCUCGGUCCAAAGCAUACAACAGUUCGCACUACCGUUGUGCAGAACAGCAUCGCGGUUGCCGUGGCAAAUGUUCAGUGAUCGCCGAGAGAUUCAUGCCGACCGGGGUGCACGAGCACAAUCAUCCACCAAGUUAUCAAUCAGAGUACAAUUAUAAAAAGAAGAAAAGCUUAGAUACCAAUAAUGUUUAAGAAUUAUUCUAUAACGCAUUUGAAGACGUUUUGUAUUUAGACCCGGAUAUAUGCGUUUAGUUUAUAUAUACACAUACACAUACGGAAUUUCCUCUUAGAAUUUAAUCAUGGACCUCGAAGAAUUUUACUAAAUUUUAUUAAAAUUAAUAAAUUUUAUUAAAUUAUACUAAAUUUUACGAUUAAUGUAAUUUGACUAAAUACUACUUACUAAAAUUACGAUAAAAUUCCUCGAAAUCCAUGUUGCCCUAUGAUUAUUAUGAUUUUGAGGGUAAAGAGAACAUCUUUGUGUGUUCUAUCGAUACUCAGCAAUUGGAACAAUAUGCUUAAUAAAAAAAAAAUAAAUAGUAUGCAGUUUUCUCAUCUAAAUGUGAAACAAAAAAAAGAUAUAUACCAGAUAUAGUUCAUUCUAUUUUAUAAUAUACCAAUAAAACAACAUCUAUAAUAAAACUUAAUGAUAAGAGAUAAAAAUUUUAAUAUCUUCAGAUAGUCCAAAUUUUAAUAUCUAUUAAUUAAUCAAGUAAGAUAAAAUAAAUUUUUAAAUUUAAAAUCUUUUCUUGAGAUACUUAUCUUAUCACUAACUGCAAAGCGACAUUGAGUGUUCCAAUUGCAAAGAAUUCAUUACUAUUCAUUAUCAAAUGUAGAAUCUGCAUUUUAUAAAAUGAUUAGAUUCUGUAAUUUGACAGCGUUGAAGCUACUGUUCAGUGAUAUUAUUGAAUUCGCAUUUACUGGGUCUUUCUUUACAGAAAUUUUCUUUCAUAACAAUUUGUUAAGACAUUAAGUAUAGCUACUGUAAUAUUAAUUAAUUCAAAUAAUGUUCAUUUAUACAAACGAAUUUUUAAUUUCACUGGAUAGUCAUAUAUACACGCGAAAGCCAAAACAAAAGCUGUGAAUUAAAAUGGAUAUGUUUAACAUUAGAGAUGUUAAAGUACAAACGUUGGCCUAAUUUGACAAGACGAUUAAAAUUCAUCGUAUAUUAUAUAGAAACAUUCCGUGACCAAUGUAUAGAAUAGAGAAUAGAGUCCAACGAUUAAUAUAAAGCCAAUCGCUAAACGUAAGUUUUCAUUCCCAAAUAAUGAUCGUAAGAUACAGUUCAUUAGAUUUAAAUACAACUGUGAUGCGUCCAUCAACUUCCACAAUUUAAUAAAUAACAAAUGAUUUAUAUCGUUGAAUAAUAAUGUAAUCGGUAUAUCGAUUAAUCAUGUGUUUUGAAUCCACUGGAAGGAGAACGACUGAAUUUUCAAAUAUAUAACAAGUAUUAUAU